CACACUUUGACCAAUCCAACAGCCCGACAACCCAUCAAUACCCACGAGCCUCUCUAUUCAGAACCGCAACAACUUCUCUCGAGCCAGAAUGGAGGUGUAUGAAUACGUCCCGAUCAUUGCAGAGGUCUUUGCAGGCGUGACAAUCAUUCCUGCUCUCGCGCUCAGCAUUGCCAGCUUCGUACAUCUCAACAAGGGCCAUGACCCAGUCAGAAGCGGUUUCAAAUGGCUAUCAGUGUCAUCCCUGUGUCUCUUCCUGUAAGCAAACACAUGAGACGAUCAACGCGACCGCA